GGGCGGGCGGACGGACGGGGACCGGCGGCAGCCCGGAGCGCGGUGCCGGGGCUCGCCGCUCCGCCGGGUGGAUGCCCAGCGCUGCCCCGCCGGCCGCCACCGCCGCGCCGCCGUCGCGGGACGCAGACAGCGGGAGACAGGAGCCGGCGGCGGCCCCGCAGCGCGGCGCCCGCCCGCUCGGCAGCACCAUGAAGGCGGCGGAGGAAGAACACUAUAAUUAUACAUCUUCAAACGUAAAUGCUGGCUUGCCUCUAAAUGUGGCACAUUCCUCAUUGUCAACUCCAUGUCAUGGCCUUCAGACAUCAAAUCCCGUCAUUUCAGUAGUCCCAUCAACAAAUCAUCCUUCUGGAUAUGGAGGACACAUUGACAGUGGGGCCUCCGAGUAUUACCUGCCUCCAAACAUCAGACCUAAUGGAGCUCCAGCACUGGAGAGCCCUAGAAUCGAGAUCACCUCUUACAUGGGACUUCAUCAUAACAACAACCAGUUUUUCCAUGAUGAGGUUGAGGAGGCCAUCCCAAAUGCAAAGCGAUCACCUUCCACUGCCACUUUGAACUUACCGAACAUCGAGGCAUACAGAGACCCGUCCUGCCUGAGUCCAGCUAGUAGCUUGUCUUCCAGAAGCUGCAACUCUGAAGCGUCUUCCUACGAGUCCAACUACUCAUACCCAUACACUUCGCCCCAGACCUCUCCGUGGCAGUCCCCGUGUGUCUCUCCGAAGACCACUGACACAGAGGAAGGCUACCAGCGUGGCAUGGUGGCCUGCACUUUGCUCAAUUCGCCGAGGCACUCUCCAUCGACAUCUCCUAGGACGAGCAUCACAGAGGAGAACUGGCUGGGGGCCCGCAACUCCAGGCCUCCAUCUCCUUGCAACAAGAGAAAGUACAGCCUCAAUGGCCGGCAGACCUCUUACUCGCCACAUCACUCCCCAACACCUUCUCCACAAAACUCACCGCGGGUGAGUGUCACAGACGAGACGUGGCUGGGGAACACCAACCAGUACACCAGCUCUGCCAUUGUCGCUGCUAUCAAUGCUCUCACCACUGACAGCACAAUAGAUAUGAAUGAUGGGAUUCCCAUCAAGUCAAGGAAGACCGCCAUUGACCACACCCCAUCCAUGACUCUCAAAACCGAACCGGCUGGCGAGGAUCAUGGGACCAUAUCGCCAACUGCCGAUUUGUCACCAGAAGACUUCUCCAGCUUUCAGCAUAUCAGGAAGGGAAACUUCUGUGAGCAGUACCUGUCUGUGCCACAGCAUCCAUACCAGUGGGCCAAACCAAAGUCUCUGUCUCCUACAUCCUACAUGAGCCCAUCCCUGCCUGCCCUUGAUUGGCAGCUGCCGUCUCACUCGGGACCUUAUGAACUGCGUAUUGAAGUGCAGCCGAAAUCCCACCACCGAGCUCAUUACGAGACAGAAGGCAGCCGAGGGGCUGUGAAGGCAUCUGCUGGGGGCCACCCGAUUGUGCAGCUACAUGGUUACUUAGAAAGCGAGCCGCUCACGCUACAGCUGUUCAUUGGGACUGCAGACGACCGCCUGCUGCGACCCCAUGCUUUCUACCAAGUUCAUCGAAUCACGGGGAAGACCGUUUCCACCACCAGCCACGAAACAAUACUUUCAAACACCAAAGUCUUGGAAAUUCCACUUCUUCCAGAGAACAACAUGAGAGCAAUCAUCGACUGUGCUGGAAUAUUAAAACUCAGAAACUCUGACAUUGAGCUGCGGAAGGGAGAAACGGACAUUGGGCGGAAGAACACACGCGUGCGGCUGGUCUUCCGAGUUCACAUCCCCCAGUCCAAUGGGAGGACCCUCUCUCUGCAAGUAGCUUCCAACCCCAUUGAGUGCUCUCAAAGAUCUGCCCAAGAACUGCCUCUGGUGGAGAAGCAAAGCACCGACAGCUUUCCUGUUAUUGGAGGGAAAAAAAUGAUCCUGACUGGCCAUAACUUUUUGCAAGACUCCAAAGUCAUCUUUGUGGAGAAAGCGCCAGAUGGUCACCAUGUGUGGGAAAUGGAAGCCAAAACUGACAAAGAAAUGUGCAAGCCAAAUUCGUUGGUGGUUGAGAUACCACCUUUCCGCAAUCAGAGAAUUACCAGCCCUGUUCAGGUCAACUUUUAUGUCUGCAACGGAAAGAGAAAGAGAAGCCAGUACCAGCUUUUCACCUAUCUUCCAGCUAAUGUUCCAAUUAUAAAAACAGAACCCACAGAUGACUAUGAGCCUGCUCAAACCUGUGGACCAAUGAACCAAGGCUUAAGCCCUCUCUCUAAACCAUACUACAACCAGCAGAUCAUGAUGCCCCCGGAUCCUGGUUCAUGCCUUGUGGCUGGCUUCGCCUCCUGUCAGCAGAGAAAUGCAGUGAUGUCACCCUCUCCCAACGCAAGCCCCAAGCUGCACGACCUUUCGUCCUCUCCUUAUAAGUGCAUCCCCAACCCAGGCCACGGUCACCUCGGACUUCAGCAGCCCGCUGGAGGUGUCCCCACCAUACAGGAAGUGCCAAGAUCUAUAGUUGUGCACCCAAGCUCCCCCGAGCAAUCAUCUCACAUCAUGCUGCAGCCGCAGGUGAGUCAACAUCUGAGCAGUAGCUGUCCCCUUGGUUAUCAACAAACACUCUAUCCCAACAGUCCCUCUUCUCCAGUUCCAUCUGUUACCCAAGAGCCAACCUAUUUGCAGUCCUGCAGUCCAACUCACUCAUCCAUAAUGGGUCAACAGCAGCAGCAACUGCCGAAGGUUCACAGAAAUGAGUCUCCAACAACCCAACCACUGUCAUUGCCAGAGUUGCAUGAGGAAAGUAAUCAUAAUUUGGCCCCUAUUCCUGUAACGAUCAAGAGAGAACCUGAGGAAUUGGACCAGAUGUACCUGGAUGAUGUAAAGGAAAUUGAUUUGUAUGAAUGGACUUCAUAAAUUUCAUGGUAUACCAAUAAUGAAAACAUGGUUUGCAGAAUAAGAAACAGUAGGGCUUUUCCAAAAUAUUUUAAUCAUUGGCUGUGAUCAGUGGCAUAAAAUGAACCAUUCUUUCCUGUGUCUAAAGUCCAAGCUGUGUUACUUGUAGCUAUGUGAUGUUCUUUCCAGCCUCUCGUCAGUAAAUAAUUGUAACGCUGCUCUUGAGUCUGUCUCUGACCUUCACUGUGGUUGCCCCUUCUUGAACAAAAGCUGAAAAUUAUAACAGAUUAUCUCUUUCUGUGAUCUGACCUAGUAUAGGUCAUGAAUCAUACUCCAAAAUUCCUUAAGUUUAUCAUAAAUACACUACCACGUAAGCAUUUGUAAUAUAGCACAGCUGUAAAAGUGUUUAAAACAGGAUUAGGCAGUACAUAAUAUUUUUUAACUUCUUUUACUUUGGUAGAAAUACAAAUUCCCUUUUUUGUAUUGUUGAGUGAUUUAUUUAUUUUUUUGGUAAAAAAAUAUUUUUAAACGAUUUAGGUUUUACAAGUUUAGGCUAGAAUGUUCUUUAUUCUGUCUAAACUUGGCCACUUUAUAUAAUUCUAGUUAUUAUUACCUGAAGAUGAACCAGGAAUGAUUCGUGCCUUAAGGAACCUCUUUCAGGGAUAGGAAGAAUCAUGUAGCUUAACAUCAUCUUGUUUUAACGAAGUAAAAUUGGCAGUUGAGCUGUGUACUCAACCUAAGCAAGUGGAUGAAGGAUUUUUGGGCCUAGAGACAUGAUUUAGAAACUACAACAAGAAAAAACACAUGCUACUAAAACCUUAUGUGUGUUUUAUCACUAUUACUUAGGAACAGGCUAGGGAUCUGGGAUCAAACUGUACCAGCACACAUAUGCAUUAAAACCGACACACUGCAGUAAACACAGAAAUGUUAUCUUCCCGUGGUAGUCUUCUGAGAGUUAGAAGUAAGUCUCAUGACAUCAGAGAAUUUGUAUAUGCUUUAAAAUUUAUGAAAAACAAAUAGAACAGAUCUACUCGCCUUUGUUGUAUGUCAAAAUUAAAACAUUUUAAAUAAUGGCUAGGGGAUAAUCAGCAAUAUAGCUUGUUUUCAGUACAGUGACUGAUUCUUUCCUGCCAGCCCAUCACACUCACUGUGUUUUUGUAGAUGUGCUUCACAUAGCUGCCUGUGUUUAGUAAGAACCUGAUGCAAAGCCCAUUCCAGUAGGAAUUCUUUUGUGCUUUUUGGAUCAGAUUCCUAUUUUUGGUCAACAGAACUUUUCACUUAAUGCUCUUAAAAAAGUCCUAUGCAGAAAAAUAUAUAUAUAUAUUCAUGAAAAUCUCUUAAUACUCGUUGGAAAUUUAUGGGCCCCAAAGUUGAUGUGGACACAAGUUAUAGCUUCCAGAGCGAUGAUAAAAGAUUUUGUUAAAUUAAUAUGUAAAGGUUAACAACACAUACACUAAUUUGAAAUGCUAUCAGUAUUGUUUAUGCAGUGUGACCAACUUGCAGAGAUUUAAAGAACCCCCACUGAGCUCCUCUGGUUGUUUGGGUGUGCUAAUAUUUAAAGCUAUGUUUGUGUUGGUUACAUGGCGUAGGCCAAAGGGAUCUCAAGGAGCACUAUGCUCUCACAAACUGAAUACAGAGAAGUAUAUUUUGGGUGAAUCCACUGCAUGUGUUUGUAUCCCACUUUAUACCAGUAGGAAAAAGAAAUUUCUCUCCUGGAGUAACUAGUUACUAAGCAGUUGUUUCACAACAAUGUCUGGCAAAUAAUUUAAUAGUUCUGCCCAAGCUUUUGCAGUGUUGCUGAGGCCACGAGUCCUGUUUUCAUCUGUUCAUCGUAGCACAGGUCUAUCUGUGCUAUUUUGGAGGUCUCCUGACUUGCUGUACUCAUUUGUGUUGCAGUCCAUAAUGAAACAAUGACAGCACUGCACCAUGCGUUCUUCAUGGAAAAUGGAGACAACAAUUUUCCACUUUCUGUAAUGUUUCUUUCUGAUGUGAGGGCCUUCUUUAUGUGUUCAAGGCUUUCUAUUGCAACUAUGCAUAGAUAGCAAUGACAAAGAGAAAGCAUGAAAGCUUCUAGUGCAGGACAUUCAUCCUUACUUAUCUGGCCCUCAGAGACAUUAGCUAAUCGAGCCACGAUACUCCAUACAAUAGGACAAGUGCUGUAAAGCUACCUCUGUUAUCCCAGUGGACAUGGAGACUUAUCAUUCCCAUGGCUGUUUUACAGGGUUUGUUUUGUUCUGACAACAACAUCCACAGCCUACAGUACUAUCGACUCUUAACAAUGAAUCUGAUGCUGGCUGUGUGUGUUAUCAGCUCCCUAAUAACUGUCUUUUUUUUAUUUUUUUUCUUCUUUCCCACCCCAUUUGUGAGAAUUUGUCCCCUGGAGCUCUUCUCUAUCAGGCCCAUGCAGCUGCUGUUAUUUUAGAUAUGGCAGGAAGUAGGUACCGGAAAACAGCAAGGGCUCGCAGCACUCAGAAAAAAAUAUAGAAAUUCCUCUGAUUUACCCAAGGCUCUGGCUCCAAUCAAAGCCAGUUAAAAAAAAAAAAAAAAAAAAAAAAAAAGGAGAAGAGGUGUAGGGGGAAGGCCCAAGCAGACAACCGUGUCUGGACUGCCUGUGCCAGAAAUGAAUGUUUUAGCCAUCACCUUCUGCAGGGUGCUGGUACAUGACCUGGCUGUGCAGCUCACGAGGUGCUUGCUGGCAGCAGUGUUGCACCUGGCUGGUGCUUCAGAAGUGGAGCUGGCACCCAGGCGGUCCUGUGCCCACCAGCGUUGUUGCCAGCACCCUCCUUCGCCAGCAGAGAACCCUCUCUUGCCUCCCCAGGGACUCACAUUUCUAAAACCUUGGCUGUUUCUGUGCUCUCCCUGCUCACGUCCCAUGUGCACAUACAGCAGAUCGGUUUACCCCUUCGUCCAGCGUGCUCCCAUAAAUGCUUUUAGCAGCACUUAGGAAAGAGCGCCAGCCAAAGAUACUGAUGGAAAGUCACUAGAGCAAGAAACUUACAUCACUACUACUAUUAUUAUUACUACUAGUAGUAGUAGUAGUAUAAUUGUAAAGCUCAGAUGGGAUAUUUCUUAACUGCUAAGCGAUGACGUUUCUAGUUGCUUUGAAUACCUUCACUUUUCAGUCAGGGUAACUCUGAAGAAUACUUCCAAAAGAAAAACAAAAGAAUAAACAAUAAAUGAAAAACACCUCCAAACUUUUCAGUUCAGCCAGUGGUUUAGAAAAAAAGACAGCACUGCUAUCACCACCCCACACGUAAAGACAUACACGGAAAAGAUGCUACCUUUAGAACUGGUUUUAAUAAAGAAAUCUUCCUCUUUGACACAGCAGAUAAAGAGGAAGAUGUCCGCCCACAGACAUCUCACACCAUUAGCAAUCUAGUUAACAUCUGUAAAUGUUUUAGGGAAAGAAAUUACAUUUUGAGACAUUUCAUUUUUAAUUACAGUCUCCAGAUUGGAUUUGUUAGAGCAGGGAAAUGUAUCCCAUAGCGACUGAUGUCAAUAGCAAGCAGUCCCUAAAGCCAGCCAGGAUUGGGAAAGCCAUGCUGUUUGCUGCUCUUGGCACUGCUCCCUGCUUUCACAAUGUCAAACUUAGAACCGCCUUUAUAUGCACUUUCCAUUUUUUUUUCCACAGUAGCUGUUGCCAGCAAGCUGUAAACUACCGUAUAUCACUCAGAUUUAAGAACCUAAACUUUAAAACAAAUUAAACUCUUGUUGACAUUGUAAUAAAAAUCAGAAUCGAACUGAACAGCUCAGUAAAACUGCACUUCAAUUAUUUUAUGGAUUUAAGAUUGUUUUCUAGGAUUCCCAGACUCCCAAUACAGCAAAGUUAUUUCCUCUUGGCAGAUGGCUGGAAAAAAAAUCAUUGAAUGGAUAAAAUUAUGUGGCAGACACUAGGUUGAAGCCUAAAGGGAGGAAAUGGUGUCUCCCCAGCACCUGUAAAUAUUUGCUCUGUGUCUUGACCAGAAGAGCCUUUCGUCCAUGCUUUGGAAAAA